CGCACCGCCGCGCCUUCCAUGGGCACCGCGCUGGCCUGCAGCCGCCGCGGGGCGGGCGCGAUGCCACGAUGGGUCUGAUCUGGCUUCUGCUGCUCAGCCUGCUGGAGCCUGGCUGGCCCGCCGCGGACCCCAGAGCGCGGCUGCGGCGCGAUGCGGGCGGCCGCGGCGGUGUCUACGAGCACCUAGGAGGGGCGCCCCGGCGCCGCAAGCUCUACUGCGCCACCAAGUACCACCUCCAGCUGCACCCGAGCGGUCGCGUCAACGGCAGCCUGGAGAACAGCGCCUACAGUAUCCUGGAGAUUACAGCUGUGGAAGUGGGCGUUGUGGCCAUCAAGGGGCUCUUCUCUGGGCGGUACUUGGCCAUGAACAGGAGGGGACGGCUCUAUGCUUCGGAGCACUACAGCGCCGAGUGCGAGUUCGUGGAGCGGAUCCAUGAGCUAGGAUACAACACGUAUGCGUCGCGCCUGUACCGCACGGCGCCCAGCGGGCCUGGAGCACGGCGGCAGCCGGGCGCCGAGAGACUGUGGUACGUGUCUGUGAACGGCAAGGGCCGGCCCCGCAGGGGCUUCAAGACCCGCCGUACACAGAAGUCCUCCCUGUUCCUGCCCCGCGUGCUGGACCACAGGGACCACGAGCUGGUGCGGCAGCUCCAGAGCAGCCCGGUACAGGCCGCGGGCAAAGGUGUCCAGUCCCGGCGGCGGCACCAGAAGAAGCAGGGCCCAGGAGGCCGCCGGGCCCGGGAGCCCUUGCGUACUGGGCCCACCACGGGCCUCUGA